AUGCCAUUGGUUCGCAACCCCAUUCUGCCGGGGUUCAAUGCCGACCCUUCUAUAUUGAGGGUUGGCUCGGAUUAUUAUAUCGCUACAUCGACGUUUGAGUGGUAUCCUGGGGUGCAGAUACACCACUCCAAAGACUUGGCGAACUGGGAGCUCGUUGUGCGUCCCUUGACCCGCCGGAACCAGAUCGAUUUGCGUGGCGAGCCAGAUAGUUGUGGAGUUUGGGCUCCCUGCCUAACGCAUGAUGGCGACAAAUUCUGGCUCGUCUAUACAGACGUGAAGCGCAAGGAUGGGUCAUUCAAGGAUACGCACAACUAUAUCGUGACGGCACCUAAGAUUGAAGGUCCCUGGUCUGAUCCCAUCUAUGCCAACUCAUCUGGGUUCGAUCCUUCUCUGUUUCACGAUGAAGACGGUCGUAAAUGGUUCAUUAAUAUGACCUGGGACCAUCGGGCAAGGCCGAAUACUUUUUCAGGGAUCGCGCUACAAGAGUUUGAUCCGAUUAAGCGCAAAGUAGUCGGCCCUCGAAAGAUUAUCUUCCACGGCACUGAUCUGGGACUGGUAGAAGGGCCGCAUUUGUAUAAACGAAGCGGAUGGUAUUAUCUUUUGACAGCUGAAGGAGGCACCGGAUACGACCACGCAGCAACACUUGCGCGGUCAAAAUCUCUUUGGGGCCCUUACGAGCUUCACCCACAAAAGCACAUCCUAUCUUCCAAAGACACUCCAUUCGCGGCGCUGCAAAGAGCUGGCCACGCCGAUAUUGUAGAAACACCAGAAGGCAAAACAUAUAUGGUGCAUCUUGCCGGUCGACCCAUUGGACAGAGCCGAAGAUGCGUGUUGGGGCGAGAGACGGCUAUACAAGAAGCGUACUGGGACGAGGAUGACUGGUUGUAUGUCAAGAAUGGCCCAGUUCCAUCAUUGGAGGUCGAUGUGCCAGGAACUCGUGACGAAGACGCCUACUGGGAAGAGAAACGCUAUGCGUUCGCAGAUGGCCUUCACAAAGAUUUCCAAUGGCUGCGGACGCCAGAACCAGAACGCAUAUUCGGUAUUCAAGAGGGCAAGCUUGUACUCACAGGAAGAGAAUCCAUCGGCUCGUGGUUCGAACAAUCACUCGUGGCUCGGAGACAGACACAUUUCUCUUUCGAUGCUGAAACUGUCGUCGAUUUUUCACCAGAGGAUGAACGCCAAUUCGCCGGCUUGACGCUGUACUACUGCCGAUACAAUUUCUUCUACCUCGUCGUGACAUCACACUCGGAUGGCGAACGCGAACUCCAAAUUAUGCGGUCAGAAGCAUCUUGGCCAGAAGGAAAGCUCGCGGAUCGUGGUUCAAGCGCCCAUGUCGUGAGCCUUCCCGCAGAAGGCAAGGUCAAGCUUGCGGCCACUAUUCGCGGAAGCCAACUACAGUUCUCUUAUGCCGUUCUGGCAGACAACGGUGAGGAAGAAGGAAAACUCGAGCGAUUUGGACCUGUCUUGGAUGCCUCGAUUGUUUCAGAUGAGUGCGGUGGGCAUCAGGCUCAUGGCAGCUUCACGGGAUCUUUUGUUGGGGUGGCCUGUUCGGACUUGAAUGGGACGGAGAAGAAAGCCACGUUUGACUACUUCUUGUACCGCCCUGCGCAUGAUAGAACAGAUCGGUAUACCAUAUAG